UCGUGACUAGCUAUAACUUAAUCUGCAGCUACCGAUUUUCUAGAGAACUAUUUCUUCCAAACCUAAGCCAUGUCUUUUUCAAGAGCUCCAGUGAAGCGAUUUAAUGAAAAUAUCGGCUGCGCCCCAGCACCCGGCACCUACGAGCUGAAACCAGGAGAGGUGAAGGGACCUGCCUCUUUCCGCCGGUCAGAGCGCUUCAAACUGCUCAUGGCCAGUGAUGCUCCCAGCAUGCUACCACCAUCUCCUUUUAAAGAUGUGCCCAUGUCACCUGUGCGUAGGACCAUGUCUGUGGAUGGUCUGGUUGACGGGUCCAUGUCAAAGAAAGACAAGAGUGGCCUAUCGAUGCAGAUGAAACAGCAGAAACUCCUGGAGAAAGAGAUCCGCUCUCUGGUGCAGCAGCGCGGGGGGCAGGACAGGCGCCUGGUAACCCUGGAGGAGGAGCUGAGGAAGGUGAAGGCCAAGCUGUCUUCUGUGGUCAGGGAGAAGACUGGUCUGGCAGCUAACUUCACCACCCUGGAGAGACAGCUGGCUGAGCUCAAGAAGACUAACGAGUUCCUCAAGAACAAGGUUUCUGCAGACACCACUAAGAAGAGAUUCCAGUCUAUGUCUAUGGAGCUGAUGGAGGCAAGAAACAAACUGGAUGUCAAGGACAAGGAGCUGAGUUUCCUGCAGAUCAGUACAGAGGGCCAGGUGAAGUUGCUGGAGACAGACCUGGAGGCAGCCAGAGCUACACUCACCGCCCUGAGGGAGAGGAACGAGGACCUGGAGGACCUCCACCACGACACCAAAGUCCACAACGAGGAGCUGGAGAAUGAGAUGGGUACACUGCAAGCUAUGAUCCAGGAGCUGAGAGAGGAGGUCAAUGUUCUUCAGGGUUACCUGGACACAGCCAACGACCACAUCCAGGACCUGCGUAUGAAGCUUCGUAAGAAGACAGAGAUGGAGAACAGCAUGUCUGAGUCUCAGCACGAGAAACUGGGUCAUCUUGAGCAGAAACUGGAGCAGUGCACCGCGGAGCUCCGGAACUCUCAGAACAUUCUCCGUCAGAAGGAGGAGGAGUCAGAGAAAGGUCAACAGGACCUGCAGGCUUCCCGGGAUGCUUUGAAGGAGACCGAGAAGCUUCUGGAGCGGCGAGAGGCGGAGCUGACGUCCUCCCAGAAGGUAUUGGGAGAGAUGGAAACACAGAUGCAGCGGGCCAACCAGGAAGUGUCUGACUCCCAGAGGGCAGUGCGGCAACAGGAUGCGGAGGUAGUGCAUCUGAGGGAGGUGCUGAGGAGGACAGUGGAGGAGCUGGAUGAGAGAGUAGCUCACCUGGGAGAGAAGUGCAAAAUCCUGGAGGAGGAGAGAAGUAGGGGCCAGGGGAGAGUGGAGGAGCUGACUGCAGAGCUGAGUCUCCUGCAGGAGAACUGGAGGAGUGAGAAGGAGGUGCAGGAGCAGCUGGUGCAGACACACAGCUCCCUGGCUGAGGAGCUGAAGAAGGAAAAGGAGCGUGCAGCCUCCCUGGCCUCGGGGCUGGAGAGAGUUAGGGAGGAGACCGAGGACGAGAGGAAACAGUUGGAGGAUGAGUUGGAGGAGGCUCUAGUGGAGCUGUCGGUUCUGGAGUUGCAGGAAGAGAGGAGGGAAGAGGAGGAGAAGAGGAGAGAGGAGGCCUUACAGAGUUUUCAGCAGGAGAAGACUGAGAUGAAGAGGGAACUGACUGAGACCAGAGCACUGCUUGAAAGGAGGAGCAGUGACGUGGAGGCGUUGGAGAAGGUGCACUGUGCUGAAACGAGGAGGCUGCAGGAGGAACACACCGCCUCCCUCAGCAAGAUAGGACACAUGGCCACUGAACUGGAGAGCACCAGACAGGCCCUGAGGGGAGCAGAGGAGAGGAGUAGAGCGCUGGAGGAGGAGGUGGAGAGGGUGACUAAGCAGAUGGAGAGAGUGAAUCAACAGGAGGAGGAGGAGGUGGAAAAUCUGAGGGAGGAGAUGGAGGAGGAACAGGAGAAACAUCAAGCUAACCAGCAGGUUCAGGAGAAAGCCAGAAAGGAGUAUGCAAGAAUUCUGUUCGAGGUACAGACACGUCUAGCUCAGAGAGAUGAUGAAAUGAAGAAGGCUGAGGAGGUGUUGCAGAGACAGCUGCAGGAGGAGAGGAUGGAAAAAGAGGAGGUGCAAAGGCUACUCCAGCAAGCUAGAGAGGAGAAAGAGGAGCUUCAAAGGCUAUUUAAGCAAACUAAAGAGGGGGUGCAGAGGCUACUGGAGCAGGAGAAAGGAGAGGGGGAUGUGCAGAGGAGAGAGUUGAAGCAUGGGAUGUCAGAGGAGGUUGGGGGGCGAGAGAGACUGGUGGAGGGGGUAGAGGAGGAGAAGCUAACUCUUCAGUGCUUGGUAGGGGAGGUGGAGAAGGAGAAACUGAGCCUUCAAAACCAGUCGGAGAAGAUGGAGGACCAGGUAAAGAAAUAUCUGCCAUCUCUAGAGAACCACAUGAAGGAGGUAGAGAAAGAGAGGGAUGAUCUGAAAACAGUAGUGGUGUUUGAAAUAGACAAACAGGGCCUUCAGAACCAGGUAGAACUGAUGGAAGAGAAGGUUUCUCUCCAGAGCCAGGUGGAUGUGGUGGUCCAGGAGGUUUCUCUCCAGAGCCAGGUGGAUGUGGUGGUCCAGGAGGUUUCUCUCCAGAGCCAGGUGGAUGUGGUGGUCCAGGAGAAAGUGACUCUCUAUUGGGAGAUGGAGGAACAGAGAAGAGACUUCCAGAGAAUGCUGCUGGAGACUCAAGACAAGAGUGAUGCAGAGACGGAACACUGGAGGAGACAGUACGAGGAGCUCUACGCCAAGGUCAAGCCCUUCCAGGAGCAGCUGAAUGGGUUUGCUGCGGAGCGGGACUCGCUACUGAACGAGAACGGGGCGAACCAGGAGGAGCUAACACGGCUAGCGGACGCCUACGCUCGUCUGCUGGGCCACCAGAACCAGAAACAGAAGAUCAGACAUGUGGUGAAGCUCAAAGAUGAGAACAUUUCCCUCAAACAGGAGCUGUCUAAGCUGCGUGCCCAGGUGUCCCGCCAGAAGAAGGGAGGCCAGCCCCAACGCAGGGUUGACCCCAGCAAAGCCUUCAACAACCAGGACAGCAAGGAGAACCAGCAGCCUGCUGCCACACCUCUGACACACCAGCAUUUCCUUUAGCGGGAAACCGCUGUUGAAAGUUACACAGACCGACAAUGGCCAGACACUAGUAGAAGGCACCAACUGCCCUGAGUGAACAGGACAAAUCAUUUUGAGUCAUGAGGGUGUUGGUGUUUGCAACCCUGUAUAUGUUUUAGGGGAAACAAAUGCCUUUAUUUUACCAUCCUAUAGAGCCAUCAGAACCAACGUGUGAAUGAUAUCUGUUUCAGCAUGAAGCAUGCCCCUGUCGUCUUUCUUUUGCUACAUAAGCAUUCAUAUUAAGCACUAAAUAAAUGUUUGUUUGUUCAACAUAACAGUUUUGUAUAAUGCAAAUACACAGUGCAUUUGGAAAGUCAGACCUCUUGACUUUUUCAUGUUACCUCCUUAUCCUAAAAUGGACUCAAUUGUUUCGUUUUUUUUCAAUCUACACACAAUACCCACAAUGACAAAGCAAAAACAGCUUUUUAAAAAUAAAAACUCACAUUUUACAUAAGUAUUCAGACCCUU